CGCUCACUGCAGGGCUCCUGCGCAGUCAGGCCAGGCCUGGGCUCUGCACACGUGAGACGGAGACUCUGGGCCCUGACGGCCACCUCUGGGCAGCUGCCCUGUGUGAGGGCCAGGGUGCUGCUCUGACCAGGCUGGCUGCCUGUCUCCCUCGAGUGGCUUUGUGUAAUCCUAGGCCUGAGGGCAGUGCCCCCAGAGGGUAGUGGGUUUGGGGUCCUGGUGCCCAGGUGGGAAUCUUGAUGUGCAGGGAACACGCUGGGCAGGUGCCCCCCAAGAGAUGGCUCCACACCCCUCACUGGUGGGCAUGGGGGUGCUGGCCCUGCACUGCCGGGUCUCAGGACUGAAGAAGCUGAAGACCUGGGUUUGCGGGAAAGUCUUGUUUCUCCACGUGGCGGCAGCUCUCCUGUGGUGUGCGUGUCAGCUGGGGGUGAGGGGGGGUCUUCCAACCACCCUGUGGGGAUUCUGCAGAAAACUAGUUGGCUGGGGCUCCCCGUCUGUCCCCAGGACUGCCCGGCAGCCUGGAGGGCGUCUCAUGAUGAGGCUCCAGCCCCGUGACCUCCAUCCUGCAGCAGUGCGUCCCAGGCCCGUGGAGCACCAGCUCUGGGUCCCAAACUGCACGCAGGGUGCCAGGAGCCUGUGUUGGGAAGCUGCAGGUGUGGCUGGAGGGUCCCUGGCUACUGUAAGUCCCAGGCCUCAGUCACAGCCUUUACACACCCUGCCCGUGGGGCAGAUCCCUCCUUUCCCUCUGCCUCCAUUAGAACCCAGGGGCUUCUGCCAGAGGCCGGGUGUUCUGGCAGCAUUUUGUGGCAGGACUUUGCUCUCAGCCCCAACUGGAGCAGCUGUCCACAGUGCCCUCCCCCUUGUGCCAAGUUCCUGGUCAGAGCCCAGGAGGCCAUCCAGGGAACGCCAAUAACCGCCUGUCUCUGCUGCAGCACAGCCGGGGGCACGGUGGGGUCCACGUUCCCUCCUACUAUCCAAGAAGUUAGAGCCUGAGUACUCAUCAGCCGUGUUCUGUGUACCAGUGUUCCUCCCUGGACCUCGCAGGGGUCUGCCCGGACAACCCAGAGUGACCUUGAGCUGAUUCCCAACUCUGGCAUUGGUGUGGCCUGGCUGGCCGGCUCCUGGUUCUGUCGGGCUGGUGGCAGCCCCUCCUGCCAGCAAGGUGCAGAGCCCAGUGCUGGCCAGAGCCUGACCAACCUGACCAACCCAAUCUAGGUUGGGGACACAGGAGCAUGAUAAUCACAAGUCAAAAUUAGGUGUGGAACCUCAGGGUGGAGCUGGUGUUCUGCCAGAGAUGCCUGGGGGCCGGGGACAGGACUUGGAGGAGGAGAGGCUGCAGAGGGCAGGGACACAGAGUAGGGGGGGGUCACACAAAGGGUGGCUCAGAGAGUGGGGGAGGGGCAUAAAGGAGGAGCCAUAACCAGCAGCUUUGAGGGGUGUUGGAGCCCGCCAGCCACAGAGGACUUCCCAGGGAGGGAAUGGGGCAUAGUGUGGAAGUGGUGCCCUCAUUUUCAGAGGCUGCAGACACUUCGCUGGAAGGCACACUUGCCACGGGGCAGGCAGUGUGGCAGUUAGAAAUGUGUGGGAUGGGAUGGGUGCGGUGGCUCACACCUGUAAUCCCAGCACUUUGGGAGGCUGAGGCGGGCGGAUCACGAGGUCAAGAGAUCGAGACCAUCCUGGCCAACUUGGCGAAACCCGGUCUCUACUAAAAAUACAAAAAUUAGCUGGGCGUGGUGGAACGCGCCUGUAGUCCCAGCUACUCCGGAGGCUGAGGCAGGAGAAUCGCUUGAACCUGGGAGGCGGAGGUUACAGUGAGCAGAGAUCAUGCCACUGCACUCCAGCCUGGCGACAGAGCGAGACUCUUUCAAAAAAGAAAUGUGUGGGAUGGAAUGGCGGGGCCAUUCUGGACGGGAUGGGGCCCCUGACCUCUGUGUGCCUGCGCUCAGCCAGCUCCUGCGCAGACCAAGUACUCGGGGGAGGGAGGAUGGUUUGCUCCAAACUCAGAUCCCAACUGGUGUCUGACUUGGCUGCAGAAUCCUUUGGGUCCUGGUUUCUUCAUACAUGCAAUAUUGGGGGUUUGGCCUUGGGGGUCUCUUCAGCUGAGUCCACUUCUGUCCCCAGCCUGUAAACUGUCUGCACCUAUUGACUUGAUGGUCUCUGAGGGACUCAACUUUAGAAACUCUGUCCAUUUUGUGCUGCUAUCACAGAAUGCGUGAGACUGGGUAAUUUAUAAUGAACAAUCAGCUGGCUCACGGUACUGGACAGGUGCCAGCAUCUGGCGAGGGCCGUCCAGCUGCAUCAUCACAUGGUGGAGGGCAGGAGGGGAGCCACCCCACCCUUUUAUAACCAAUCCCAGCCGUUAGGGCACAGCCUUCAUGGCCUAACCACCCUUUAAAGGUCCCACUCUCGAUACUGUUACAAAGGCAAUGAAAUUUCAACAGGUUUUGGAGGGGACAAACAUUCAAACCAUAGCAGAAAGUGUGGAAGGUACGAUAACCACACUGAACAGAAUGACCGUGGUAAUUAAACCCCAAGUGCAGCCAUGACCCGUUUUACAUCAUCCUGGAGAGAACAGUGCAGCUCCAGUACUUGCUAAGCUGCGGAGACAGGGUCCAUCCAACUCGACAGCAUCCAGCAGCCACUCCAGGCCGCCAGCAGACAGAUGUUGGGAGCAGCACUGAUAGUUUGGUUUUUGUUUGUUUGUUUAAGACAGGGUCUCACUUGCCCAGGCUGGAGUGCAGUGGUGUGAUUAUGGCUCACUGCAGCCUGGAACUCUGGGGCUCAAGCGAUCCUCCCACCUCAGCCUCCCGAAUAGCUGGGACUACAGGUGUGUGCCACCAAAUCCAGCUAAUUUUUGUUACUUUUUGUAGAGAUGGGGUCUCACUAUGUUGCCCAGGCUAAUAGCUUUUUUUAAAAUGAUCAUACAGGACGGCUGGGUGCAGUGGUUCACGCCUGUAAUCCCAGCACUUUGGGAGGCCGAGGCAGGCAAAUCACCUGAGGUCAGGAGUUCAAGGCUAGACUGACCAACAUGGAGAAACCCCGUCUCUACUAAAAGUACAAAUUAGCCGGGCAUUGUGGCACAUGCUUGUAAUCCCAGCUACUCGGGAAGCUGAGGCAGGAGAAUCGCUUGAACCCAAGAAGCGGAGGCUGCAGUGAGCCGAGAUCACGCCACUGCACUCCAACCUGGGCAACAAUACAAGACUCCAUCUGAAAAAAAAAAGAUCAUACAGGAAAACAGAAGUUCUAUUUUAUGUACACUGCUGUAAUUUCAGCACAUGUGGACUCGUGUAACCACCACCAUAACCUUCCAUCACCCCUGAAACUCCCUCCCGCCAGCCCUUUAGGGUUGCCCCUUCCCCCCAACCCCACCAGCCCCUAGUGACCACUGAUCUGUCCUCCAACCCAUAGUGUUUUUCCAGGAAUGUCACAUAAACAGAAGCCGACCAUGGGUCACCUUUCUGGCGCCUUUCUCCCCGCACAAAGUCUUUGUCCUUGUGAAGCUGUCACGUGCCAAACGCUUGUCCCUUUUUCCUGCUGGGUAAUACUCCCGGUGCCGCCCUUGCUGUUGGUUGAUGCACAUCUGGCUGCUUUUCGCUGGCAGUGAGCGGAGCUGCUAGGGACAUUGCCACGGGGCUGUGAGAGCGGAGUUUCCUCUCUCCGGUGACCCUGAGCUGCGCCUUUCUCAGCCGCCUCCCGAGGCCCCAGGCGCUCUGUGGGGGCUCUGGCGGGGUUGGGGGGGUUGGCGUUCUCGUUAUUUCAGCGGCGCUGCCCCUGGCCCUGCGGGAGGGACCGUGGGACCCAAGACAUCCCCGCCUGGCCUCCGCUCCCCACCCGGGGGUGGGGCUCGCCCCCGCCAACCUCGGGUAAAGACGCUUCUGGAAGGAAGGGCGCCCCUGGGACCCCGCCCAGCCCUGCCCUGCCCUGCGCAGCCCUGCCCAGCCCUGCCCAGUCCAGCCCAGCCCAGCCCAGCCCUUGCCGGGGAAGCACGCGGCGGCGCCCGGGCGUCGUCAUGGCAACGCCACGGGCCCCGAAGGCCGGGACCGCUGCCCCCUCCGCCCCUCGACCCCCCCCGCGCCCUUCCUGGCUGCGGCUGGACCCGGCUGCGCGGGGCGCGAGGCUGCCUUCCCGGGGAUCACCAGGGACCACCCGGCGCGCUCCCCGGGAACCCGCACCCCUGGCCCCAGUGCUCCGGAGCGACCCGGGUCAGCCUCUGGCUGCCUGCAGUGGGCCCCUGGGCGAACCGCGGGCGGACCCAGGAGCGAGCACCCGGUGCGCGGCAACGAAUCCGCGAGGGAAGCCCACGGGCGGCAGGAGCUGUGGCAGCAGCCCCAGGAUGGGGCGCGGGGAGCGCGCUGAGCUGUCCUUUCCCGCAGCGGCCCCGCGGUUGAAGCGUGGGUUUGGGUUUUGGUUUUUCUUCUGUGGCAACAGUUCUGUUGAGAUAUUACUCGCCUGCCAUACAACUCACCCAUUUUAAGGGUACACCUCAGGGGUCUUGCGUGCAUUGACAAACCCGCCACCGUCACCACAGCCAAUUUCAGAACAUUUUCAUCUCUUCAAAAGAAACCCUGUACCCUUCAGCUGUCACCCUCCUGGUCCCCAUCCAAUCCUCAUCCCGCCCUCAGCAGCCACGCACUGCCUGUAAAGUCCGUGUCCUGCCCUGUAGGUGGAAUCUAUACCUUGGGGUCUGUUGUGACUUUCACCUAACAGCCUUUCCAGGCUCAGCUGUGCUAUCGUAUGGACCAGUACUUCGGAGGAGUUUUUGUUUUGUUUUUGGGGUGUGUGUGUGUGUGUGUGUGUUUGAGCCGGGCGUGGUGGUGGGCGCCUAUAAUCCCAGCAGCUCAGGAGGCUGAGGCAGGAGGAUCACUCGCGCUCAGGAGUUUGAGGCUGCAGAGUUGAUCAUGCCACAGGACUCUAUCCUGGGCGACAGAGCAAGACUCUGUCUUUAAAAAAAAACAAUAACAAGGCCGCCUGAGGUGGCUCACGCCUGUAAUCCUAGCACUUUGGGAGGCCGAGGCGGGUGGAUUACCUGAGAUCAGGAGUUCGAGACCAGCCUGACCAGCAUGGAGAAACCCCGUAUCUACUAAAAAUACAAAAUUAGCCAGGCGUGGUGGCACAUGCCUGUAAUCCCAGCUACUGGGGAGGCUGAGGCAGGAGAAUCGCUUGAACCUGGGAGGCAGAGGUUGCAGUGAGCCAAGAUUGUGCCACUGCACUCCAGCCUGGGUGAUAGAGCGAGACUCUGUCUCAAAAAAAAAAAAAAAAGACACACACACACAAAAAUCAGCCAGGUGUGGUGGUGCGCACCUGUAGUCCCAGCUACUCUGGAGGCUGAGGCAGGAGAGUCGGUUGAACCCAUGAGGCAGAGGUUGCAGUGAGCCGAGAUCGCACCACUGCACUCCAGCCUGGCAACAGAGCAAGACUCCGUCUCAUAUAAAGAAAUAAAACAAAAAUAAACAAAUUUUAAAAACAAAAACAUUCCUUUACAGGUUUCUGUGGGGACAGGGUCUGCUCUUGGGUCUGCACCUGGAAGUGGAAUUGCUGGGUUGUGUGGUAACUGGAUGUUCACCCAUAUGAUGAACGACCACACUCUUUUCCACAGUGGCCGAUGGUUCUGGUCUCUCUACAGCCUCACCAACUCUUAUAUUCUUUUUGAUUACAGCCACCCUAGCAGGCAUGAGGUGGUACGUCAUUGUGGCUUUGACCUGCGUUUCUCUGAUGUCUAAUGGUGUUCAGCAUUUUUUCAUGGGUGUUACUGGCCAUUUGUAUAUCUUAGAGAAAUGUCUAUUCAGAUAAUUUGCCUAUUUUUAAUUGGGUUAGUUGUCUUUUUAUUGAGUUAUAAUACUUUAUUCGAGAUACUAGACCCUUAUUAGAUACAUGACUUGCAAAUAUUUUCACCCAUUCUUUGGGAUGUCUUGUUUACCUUUUUGAUGGUGUCCCUUGAAGCACAAAAGUUUUUAAUUUUGAUGAAAUCCAAUUUAUUUUUGUUGUUGUUACUUGUGCUUUUGGUGUCAUAGCUCAGGAACCCCUGCCUAAUCCAAGAUCAUGAAGACUUGUGUCUAUGAUUUCUUAACAGUUUUAUAGUUUAUUUAUAUUUAUAUAAAUCUGUUUUUGAGACAGGGUCUCGCUCUGUCACCCAGACUGGAGUGCAGUGGUGUGACAGCUCACUGCAGCCUUGACCUCCCUGGGCUCAGGAGAUCCUCCCACCUCAGCCUCCUGAGUAGCUGGGACCACAGGCACAUACCACCCAACUGGGCUAAUUUUUUUUGACUUUUUUAUUUUUUAUUUAUGUAUUUUUCUUGACACGGAGUUUUUCUCAUCGCUCAGGCUGGAGUGCAGUGGCGCAAUCUUGGCUAACUGCAACCUCCGCCUCCUGGGUUCAAAUGAUUCUUUUGCCUCAGCCUCCCUAGUAGCUGGGAUUACAGGCAUGCGCCACCACGCCUGGCUAAUUUUUGUAUUUUUAGUAGAGACGGGGUUUCGCCAUGUUGGCCAGGCUGGUCUGGAACUUCUGACCUCAGGUGAUUUGCCCUCCUUGGCCUCCCAAAGUUCUGAGAUCACAGGUGUGAGCUACCGCAUAUUUUUAUUUUUGUAGAGACAGGGUAUCACUGUGGUUGCACAGGCUGGUAAAAUUUUAAUUCUUUUUUUUUUCCUUUAUGAGUUGGUGCCGGACAGAGUCUUGCUCUGUGGCCCAGACUGAAGUGCAGUGGCGUGAUCUCGGCUCACUGCAACCUCCACUUCCUGGGUUCAAGCGAUUCUACUGCCUCAGCCUCCCAAGUGGCUGGGACUACAGGCACGUACUAUCACACCCAGCUAAUUUUUAGUAGAGACAGGGUUUCACUCUGUUGGCGAGGCUGGUCUUGAACUCCUGGCCUCAGGUAAUCUGCCCAGCUCAGCCUCCCAAAGUGCUGGGAUUGCAGCCGUGAGCCACUGUGCCCGGCUUGACUUCUUCCUUUUAUAUGUGGGUAUUUUUCUGUCCCAGCGUCAUUUGUUAAAAAGACAGUUCUUUCUCCGUGUAAUUGUUUUGGCACCGUGUGGAAACCCGCUGCCUGUAGCCGGGAGCUUCUUUCCAGCCCUCAGUUCUGUCCCAUUGCUCUGUGUGUCUAUUCUUACGUCCUCAUGGCAGCCUUGUAGUAAGCUUUGAAAUUGGGAAGUGUGAGUUCUCCAACUUUGUUCUUCUUUUUCAAGAUUGUUUUGGCUAUUCUGGGACCCUCAAAUUUGCAUGUGAAUUUUUAGGAUAAGCUUUUCAGUUUCUGCCGAGGAGCCAAGUGAGAUUUUGAUAGGAGUUGCGUUGAAUCUGUGGAUGUGUUUUGAGAGUGCCGCCGUCUCCGCUACAUUAAGUCCAGAUCCGUGGAUUGAGGGUGCCUUUCCAUUUAUUUUGGUCUUCUUUACUUUCUUUCAACCAAGUUUUGUAGUUUUCAGAGUAUAAAUUUUGUACUUGUU